CAGCCCAUUGCACCCAUUAAACUGUCAGAAGUCUGGGACACCAUGUCUAAAUACACAAACACAAACAUAUACACAUGCACACAUGUUUAAUUGUUAUGUGAGGGUCAGAAUAGGAGGUAAUACACUUUUCACACAUUUUGACUACACAUACUGUAUAUUGUCUCUUGCUGUUCACAUUUGCUCGGCACUAAUGAGUCGCACUCUGCUUAUUUGGCCUUAAUUGUCAAAAUAAAGAUUGAGACAGAAUGGAGAGAGAGAUGGAAUAACAAAAAACAUACAAAUCAAUUGGAUAAAUUAGCUGCUAAACAUCUAGCAGUAUGCAGGUUGAAUAGGAGGUCUGUUGUUCUGCAGUAACAAAGCUCCUGAUACCCCAUUUCCCAUACCUCUUUCUCUACAAAAUAAAGAGCUCACACACAUACAGUAUCUGCCCAUACUGUGAGACUCACAUCAGUGAUGCAGCUGUGGUUGUGAGGUGCACAACAGACAGAUAAAUAGGCACACACACAUGAACACACACACACAGAGGAAAGAAAACAGAAAACACAUGCAGGGCUGGGUUGCAGGGCUAUUGCUCCUCUCAGUGUACUGCGGUCCAUCGACCCUGCAUGGCUCUCAGCAGGAUGCGUGUCAUCCACAGCAGCCCUGCCUGUUAGGGGAGAGGGAGAACCAUGGAGGGUGUAAGUGAGGUGGAAAUAAAUGGGGCGAGUGGAGCUCCAGUGAGGAGAAGGUGGAAGAGGGAGAUGAGGGGAAGAGGAAAUGAUGUAUAAGGGUGAUUCCAUGACAGAAACAGAGGAUGAGACAUGAUAAGAAAAAGAGGAGUGUGGGAGUGAGUAUGCAGCCUUCUCACUGACUGCAGGGUCAGAGGUGAAAUGGGGUUUUCUGUCAGAUGUUACUCUGCAUCAUAGCUCCCAGGGAGAAGGGUCAGUAGUCAGCCUCCUCUUCUAACUGAUCUUCUCUCCUUUUUUUGACUGACAGGUAGGUUGUUUUCUGGCUUUGCUCACCUUAUAUGUGUCUCCUAUCACUCUUUAAUAGGUGUGUGUGGUGAUGUUGCCAUGUGCCGGUUGCCAUCUGCUCUUAUCCUUCUUUAUUCAGCAGGACUGAUGUCCAGAUGGUGUGCCCCUCCAUGUGUGCUUCGCUUCUGCUCUCCCUGACCAUUUCAUGGGCCACAAACCGACUCAAGGAUCUACGGCAGCUUGACUCAAACCCACCCCGAGCUGUACAUCUCAUCUUUAGCCCCUCACCCCUGACCUUCACCCUCAGCCCCGCAUCUCCCCCAGUUUCACUCCCUGUCAAGCCUCUCUUCACGUUUUGACAAUCCUGAGCCCAACAUGGUGGUCCAUGUUUCUGUUUUAGUCUUGGUCAUGAUGUGUCGGGGUGUCUUGCUCUCUGUCGGAGACCCACCUCAGUCCCGCCGGGAGAUUCGUAUUGAGGGUGACCUGGUGCUUGGCGGCCUGUUCCCCAUUCAUGAAAAAGGUGUUGGGUUAGAAGAGUGUGGCCGUGUGAAUGAGGACAGAGGGAUUCAGAGGCUGGAGGCCAUGCUGUUUGCCAUAGACAGCAUCAAUAUGGACAACACUUUGCUGCCUGGGGUCUCUCUCGGAGUCCACAUCCUGGACACCUGCUCCAGAGAUACCUAUGCACUGGAGCAGGCACUGGAGUUUGUAAGAGCUUCCCUUACCAAGGUGGACGACACUGAGUUCAUCUGUCCGGACGGAUCUUACGCUCUGCAGGACGACAGCCCACUCGCAAUCGCUGGAGUUAUAGGAGGGUCCUUCAGCAGUGUCUCCAUACAGGUUGCCAAUCUUCUCAGGCUCUUCCAGAUUCCUCAGAUAAGCUAUGCGUCAACGACUGCCAAGCUCAGUGAUAAGACUCGCUAUGAUUACUUCGCCCGCACAGUGCCCCCUGACUUCUACCAGGCCAAAGCCAUGGCCGAGAUCCUCCGGUUCUUCAACUGGACAUAUGUGUCAACUGUGGCAUCUGAGGGUGACUAUGGUGAAACCGGAAUAGAGGCCUUCGAACAAGAGGCACGCAUGAGAAACAUCUGUAUUGCCACUUCAGAGAAGGUGGGGCGUUCUAACGCUAAAAAGUCUUAUGAAGCUGUGAUCCGUCAGCUCCUUCAGAAGCCAAAUGCCCGUGUGGCCGUCCUCUUCCUGCGCAGCGACGAUGCCAGAGAGCUGCUGGCAGCUGCUGCCAGGCUCAACACCUCCUUCAUCUGGGUGGCCAGUGAUGGCUGGGGUGCACAGGAAAGCAUUGUCAAGGGAAACGAGGUCACCGCUGAAGGAGCCAUCACACUUGAGCUGGCAGCCAAUCCCUUGCCAGAAUUCAACCAUUACUUCCUCUCCCUGAACCCAGUCAAAAACCUUCGAAAUCCCUGGUACAGAGAAUUCUGGGAACAGCGGUUCCAGUGCUCUUUAGGUGGUGGAGGAGCAGGAAAAAGUGGAGGUAAUGGAUUUGGAGAGAAACCUCUCCCGCUGUGUGACAAGGACUUGUCAAUGGACAAGAGUAACUUUGAACCAGAGUCAAAGAUCAUGUUUGUGGUGAAUGCGGUGUACGCUAUGGCUCAUGCCCUUCAUAAUAUGCAACGGAGCCUGUGCUUCAACACCACCAAGUUGUGUGACAGCAUGAAGGCCUUGGAUGGACGCAGGCUCUACAGGGAUUAUAUCCUUAAUGUGAGCUUCACAGCCCCUUUCUCACCUCCAGGCAGUGAGACAGUAGUGAAGUUUGAUUCCCAGGGGGACGGUGUGGGCCGAUAUAACAUCUUCAACUACCAGCAUUCUGGUGACCGUUACGGUUACAUGCCAGUAGGUGAAUGGGCAGAGAUUCUGAGCCUGAACAGCGAUCUGUUUCGCUGGCCAAAAGAAGCGGUGCCCACCUCACAGUGCAGCGACCCCUGUGAACGAAAUGAGAUGAAGAAAAUGCAGGCCGGUGAGUACUGCUGCUGGAUCUGUACAGCCUGUGAGCCCCAUGAAUACCUAGCUGAUGAGUUCACUUGCUCACCAUGUGCUCCUGGCCAGUGGCCCACUGACGACCUCACAUCCUGUUAUGACCUUCCUGAAGACUAUAUUAUGUGGGAAGAUGCCUGGGCCAUUGGUCCAAUUACCAUUGCCUGUAUAGGGUUCAUGUGCACAGGCCUGGUGUUCUGGGUAUUUAUCCGACACAACAACACACCGCUGGUGAAAGCUUCAGGCAGGGAGCUAUGUUACUUCCUCCUCUCAGGAGUCUUCAUGUCCUACGCCAUGACUUUCCUCUUCUUGGCCAAACCCUCUCCUGCCAUCUGUGCCCUGCGGCGCCUAGGCCUCGGUACAUCGUUUGCUGUCUGCUACUCUGCCCUCCUCACCAAAACCAACAGGAUUGCCAGGAUUUUCAAUGGUGUGAAGGAUGGAGCAGGAGCAGUGAGGCCACGCUUCAUUAGCCCGUCCUCUCAGGUGUUUAUUUGUCUGAGUCUAAUCUCUGUCCAGUUGGUGAUGGUGUCGGUGUGGUUGCUGCUGGAGGUUCCUGGGACGCGACGCUUCACAUUGCCAGAGCGACGGCAGACUGUCAUCCUCAAGUGUAAUGUACGCGACUCCAGCAUGCUGUUGUCACUGGGAUAUGACGUGCUCCUGGUCAUCCUGUGUACUGUGUAUGCCUUCAAGACCAGGAAGUGCCCUGAGAACUUCAACGAGGCUAAGUUCAUUGGAUUCACCAUGUACACCACCUGUAUAAUUUGGCUGGCUUUUCUUCCCAUCUUUUAUGUGACAUCAACUGACUACAGGGUUCAGACCACUACCAUGUGUAUCUCUGUCAGCCUGAGUGGCUUUGUUGUCCUGGGCUGUAUGUUUGCUCCCAAGGUCCAUAUCAUCCUGUUCCAGCCUCAGAAGAAUGUGGCCAGUCACAGGCUUAAUCUAAAUCGCUUCAGUGUCAGCGGGGCUGCCACCACAUACGCAUCUCACGCUGUCAGUGCCCACUAUGUCCCAACUGUCUGCAAUGGGAGAGAAAUUGUCGACUCCACUACUUCUUCUCUGUGACCACAUCCGGCCCACUCUCUAAAUCUGCCCCUGUGACUGUUAGCCACUUGGU